ACUUAUUUUUAAUUGCAUCGUUUUGAGGUCCGAUUAAUUGCGUAAGUUAUUGUCUGCUAGCUAGUCCCAUUCAAGGUCGUUCAGCCGGUAAACCCACGUGUUUUUGUUGUCUAGAAUAUUCUGAUCUGUCAAGUUGUUGAAAGACAUUUUGCAGGACGCAACAUGGCACGUGCAUUUAAAAAGUUCCUUCCCAUGUUUGACCGUGUGUUAGUUGAAAGAUUUGCCCCAGAAAUGAAAACAAAAUCUGGUCUGAUGAUUCCUGAAAAGGCACAAGGGAAGGUCCUUGAAGCAACAGUUGUAGCUAUUGGUCAUGGAAAAAGAAUGGAUGAUGGAAAAAUUGUACCUGUUAGCGUGAAUGUUGGGGAUAAAGUCUUACUGCCUGAAUAUGGAGGAACCAAAGUAGAGAUCGAUAACCAGGAAUACUUUCUUUUCCGUGAUACAGACAUCCUUGGGAAGUACGAGUCAUGAAACCAGUGAAUGAAUAUCUGUGGGAAGAACAUUCAAUGAAAAUCAAGUUUAGGAUCAACUACGGAGCUGUGUUCAUGUAGAUUGUUCCAUCCAUGGAUUUAGUUGGGGAAAAACUAACUAAUAAUCACUUAUUCUAUGAGGGAUAUAUAGUACACAUGUUAAAAUAAAUGAAAAAGUUUGUAGAUCUUAUGAUUGUUCUGCUAAAUUUAUGUUUCUCUACAAAAAUUUGAUCUUGCCUUCACUGGUAAUAUUUUGAUGAACAAGUAAAAACCAAUAUUGAUGGAAUUGUGUCUCUUGGUGAAACAAAUCUAUCUAUCCUUAGAUGUUGUGUUGUUUUGAGUGCAUUCUUUUAUGAAUCAUGUGUAAAUGUUUCAAACUGUGAGAAAUUUAGUAUGAACGAUGAUCAUUCAUGAAUAUUUAGAUGUAUUGUUUAUGAGAUAUUAAACAUUUUGUAAAAAUAUUAA